ACAUGCUGAAGAUUAAGUCAUCAAAAUAUACAGCCUUGUAACUAAUGCUGACUACAUAACCGAAACGUGUGCAGGAUGAAGAGAGCAUCCUCAUGGGAUGGCACCCGGAGCUUGCUGCUACCAUCAGACCCUUUGCAUCACUACGACCGUCCAUAGUGCACUGCCAGAUCGCCAUGCUUGCGAUCCCUGCAGAUGUCUUACUGCAGGUAUAUGAAGCCACGCUGGGACGAGCUUCAUUCCUGAUUGAAAACCUCUCUUUCAGCGAUUGGGCAUCGCUCGUCCACAUCAUGCAAAGCAAGCCAGAGGAGUUGGACGCCAAAAUUCGGGACUUUGCAAGCAACAUCGCGGAUUCCUGCAGAAAGGCGGUUAUUGAGAACAGAGAACAAAACCUUAUCAUAGCCAAAGCUGAGAAGAUCAUUCUCGAGCUACAUGGAUAUGAUUCUUCACACCUGGAUUCCGCAGGACAGGUCUCCAUCACUGAGAGAACCGAAACCUUCAGCAAAACCUACAUUAAUCGUAUGUCACUCUCGCAGCCCGAACUCGAGUACUUCAGGAAGAAGGAGGCUGAACGGAGGAGCAAUGCACACACUGAGCAUACACCGCUCACAAGAGACGCUGGACAUAAAUAUGCAAAGAAUAACCUAUUUUUACUGCUCACAUCCAGCACCUGGACGGAAAAGGUCGUGCAACGCGUCCAUAACCGGCUCUGGAAACUUGACACCUUCAACUACACUGAGCCAAUCAGUGUGGAAGCGUACAUGGCGCUUGCCGGGAUCACAAACGCAGAAGUAGAUAACUGCCGUGCUGCUGCGAGGAAUGACACUAUCUACUUCCCUGCAACAAGAGGCGGUUUAGACGCAGAAUUCCCGCCAAUUGCCAGUCUCGAGAAGGGGAAAUGCCCAAAGAGACCGCUCCUCCACCAAAAAGGCAUCCCGAAGUUCCCCGCAGAUCUUUCUGAGUUCAAAAAGCUCUUGAACGCAGGAAGGCCAUAUCUGAAGUGUGCAUGCACCAGAUGCGAGAAGAACUUCACAUGUUUCGAUCACAUGAUUUGGUAUGUCAUCGGGAACCUGAACAAGAUCGACCCUCAUGCUCCAUCGGACAAGAUCAGGAUGCUCGAGUUCCAAGCACUCCUGCGAACAACAUGGAGAAAGCCGAUACUUGCGCAGAUCUCCUUCAUCUUCAUGAGAGAAUACAUGAUCAAGAUCGUAAACCUUCUCACACAAAACAGAAAGAUCUCUGCAGAAGAAGUACUGGAGCAUGAAGACUUCAGAAACGUGCCAUUUGUCCAAAAGUUCGCUGCUGCCCUGCUCCCUGGCAUCGAAGGGCUCCUAUCACAAUUGGCAAACACGAGGCCCUACACAGAUGUUGAAGACAAUUCGCUGAGAAGAUGUAGGCAAAUGAGACUCGGCAGCACGCCGAUCUCAAAUGCCUCGCUCACCACACCGGUCCAAACGACAGCCACCACUCCAAUACAGCAGACACAUAUUGGCAACACGCACACAGGACAGUUUCGCACCUCGACUAGCAACAGGCAAGGUACCAACAACACUCCAUGCCGAACCACUCCCACUCUUGCACCAACAAUAACCAUGACAACUGGAACUGCAGCACACGCAAUGCCAUUGCACAUAGGCGGAUAGACACCACAGCAUGGCACAGCGACAAGCGCACCAUAUGGAAGCACAAUGCCUGUAAACCUGAGUGCCACAGCAAGUACAGUUACCCACGC